GAGUGAAGAUCGGAGUAGUAAUGAUCCGGCGUUUGUAAUCAAUAUGAAAGGCUGUGAGGUUACGCCAGAUGUGAACCUCAGUCAAGGCAAGUACGGCAUUAAACUAGAGGUUCCCAAUCAUGAAGGGAUGCAAGAGUAUUGGAUUAGAUGCGAAUCAGAGCACCAGUACGCCCGAUGGAUGGCCGCCAUACGACUGGCCACCAAAGGCCGAACAAUGGCCGACUCUUCCUACGACAGUGAAGUCAAAUCAAUUAUGAACUUUUUAAGCCUUCAACAUCCGGCGCACUCGGCCUAUACGGCGCCCAUCAGUUCCCAUCAAAUCGAAAACCCGGACGAUUACAUCGCUCCCCGAUUUUUAAGGAAGAAAGGCGGGCGACAGUGGGUUCAGCGCAUAGCGGACGCGCACUCCAACGUGAAGGGUCUGUCGCUAACUGAGGCCAAACUUCAUUUCAUCAAAGCCUGGCAGGCGUUACCCGAUUACGGAAUCUCUCUUUUUGUCGUCAAGUUUUCCACUUCUAAACGAGAGGUA